CCUUGCCCGGUGCCUGUCUGUCUGUGUCUCCCUGCGUCGAUGUCCGUCGAGGUCUGUUCUACUGGGAAGGUUUACUGACAGUAGUUUUACAUCAUGCCCGGUGCGGACAAGCACGCCGCCAUAAUCGCCAUCGAGAAGCACGGGUACAGCGUGGCAUCCGGCGCUCUGGCAUGUUUCGCAUCCGUGCUCGGCAAGGUGGCUUUCGACGGCGACACGCCUUUCCAGGUCCAAGCAACGAGCGCUUGCGAGGAGCACUUUCCUGCGUUGGCGUUGUGCAACACGGUAGGCCGUCUGGUUCAGGGCGCGUCGCUGGCGGGAAUGUUCAUGGUAAACGCCGUGAUGCUUUCGACCUUUCUCAAAGCUCUCCAGAUGUCGGGGUCUACCGUCGCCACCGUCACCAACUUCUCCACCAACUUUGUGUUGUCGGGAAUCUCCGGUAGGAUGGUCUUUGGGGAGAGGUUGCCAGCUUUGUGGUUCUUCGGUGCUUCGCUAGUCGUCUCGGGGGUGGUGCUUUUAACCGGCGGCAGGAGCCCCGAGGCCGACAAGACCUCCGAGAGAAUAAAAGGAGAAGAAGGCCCAACAUCGACAAGCCAAAGCACCCAUUCAAGUUCGCGAAAAACUACAAAAGACCGGGAGAAACGAGAAUGACGAAACGUUCUCGGGGGAUUGCUCGUGGCUGAGGUUCUUAAGAACUUUGAUGAGGGUCCACGAUCGAGGAUUGGUGUGUCGUUUGCACCACGACCUGUUUUGUGGGGAUCGCCUGGAGCGCGUUGCUGAUGUAGGCCGGACUUGUGUUUCUGGGAACGUGUUGCAUGUUGUACAUCAGAAAGUGUAGGUUUGUUCCGGGUAGAUUGGGUCACAUUCUGUAAUUUUUUUAUGCGGAAGACAUCAUCGUCACCUUCCCGUCGCUGAACCGAAGUAGGGAACACUGCCCGGCAGUCACGGUUGCCACACGCCUUGGCGAUAAACAAUUUGACCUUGUUUUGUCUUGGACGGAGAAAACACUGCUGUUGCCUGGGGCGAUCCAUCAACCACAGCGUAUUUACAACCAACCGGUAGGGCGAGCAGCCGU